CUCCUAUGUUUUGUUAAACCUGACCGUUGACAGAGUAUGUAACUUCUUUCCAUUUAAAGUUUUUCACCUUUACGUUAUACCUUUCUCUCUCCUCCAUUGAAGCGGACUCAGAAUUCUCCAUUGAAGCCGCUUCUCAGCUUUCUCUCUUCCAUUGAACCAGCUUAUGAGAUAUGAGUCAGCAGGCUCAGUCAGUUGAUGCAAGAGGGAAGCAUCGAAUAAUAGCUGAAUUAAAGCGGCUUGAACAGGAAACUAGAUUUGUGGAGGAAGAACUGGAGCAGCUAGAAAAGACUGAGAAUGCGACAUCUGCAUGCAAAGAAUUGAUGGGUAAUGUAGAAGCAAAACCAGAUCCUCUUCUCCCAGAAACCAUUGGACCUGUAAAUCCAUCGUGGGAUCGCUGGUUUGAGGGACCCCAAGACUCAAGGGGUUGCAGAUGCUGGAUAUUCUGAUGCUUGCUGCUAUCAGGUGUUUGCAUGAGAUCUAUGCCAAUUAUAUUGAAAGAAAACCCUUUGAAAAUACUCAUUGCUGUACAGACUACAUAUAAUUCUCCUUAACCUGUGAAUCUGUGAUCCAAAAGUUUGUGCAUUGUAAUACAGACAGAUGAAAUUCGUUCGUCUACCAUUUUAUAAUCAAGUGUGACAUGGAAGGCUCUCAUACAGAACAUGACGAUUUCAUAAAUCCAAAUUUUUGAAGGUAAUUGACAGGUU